ACCCUGUUUUCUCAUACAUUCUUGCGUUAAAUUUAGGGUAUUUGGCAACGCCGUCGGGCCUAAACGGCUCGGCAGGAGUGGCCUCAAUCUAGGUCAAAUUUUAUGUCGUAAAAAUAUUAUUUUCCGUCCAUCCCCCGCAAGCCCAGGUAGAAUUUUCAAAUGUUUCGAGCUGUUCUACCCUAUGAACUUUCCAGUAUUAACGUUUCGACCCAUAGUGCUAUGUCCUCUUUGUCAUGCUGCCUAGUAGAUCCGUCGUUAAUUUGUUAAUUUUUGCAGAUUAAACGAUGUUCUUAGUUUCCUCGGAAUCCACCAAAAAUGUUCGGGAUUUCACUUGUAGUCUCUCAUUAAUUUUGCUCGAAGGUUUCGAAGUGAUUCAACAAAAGUGAAUGGCUCCAGUUGGCCCGCGUUUUCUCGCGACUCAACAGCAUUUUCAAGUCUUCCUAUGGAGAGGCCUGCUUCCAUUUCAUCCAGUGCCAAACAACCAAAAUCAGAUGAAGAGAAUGACGAGGAGGACUACUCUGCGAGCGCGAGCGCCAUCAUCAGUCGAGUCUCGGCCGGGGGCAGACGUCGCGCCGCCAAUCGACGGGCGUCCUCCCACUCCCCCGAGUUCGGUCUCCCAUCGUGCAACAGGCGCAGAUCAUCCGUUUUCACCACCAGUUCCGCCGAGACGGGUGUUUCAGCGGAGGAGGGUACGGGAACUGGGAUGGGAGCGGAGGCGGGGGUGGGAGCAGAGACGUCGCAGGAGCAAAUGUACGAGAACAUGCGGCUCCACAAGGAGGUGCUCAACGGAGUCCGACUCCAGCCGUGGCCGAUGCGCCGCAAACUCUGGCUCGUCAAACAGGCCAAGCUCUUCCUGAGCAAGCACGAGGGCCAGCUCCAAGAAAGACUCGCUCAAAGCAAGAGGACUAAGGAUCUCUUAGCUCGCUUCAAUAUCUUUUUUACUAAGCAAUGGCAAAAUUCCAAACGAGAAUUAGCAAACUUAAUGAAUAUUUUAAUACCGUGGGAGCUGCGAAUCAAGGAAAUAGAGUCCCAUUUUGGGUCUGCUGUCGCAUCAUAUUUCACUUUUUUACGGUGGCUUUUCUGGGUCAAUCUAGUCAUAUCGAUUCUUCUAAUAGCUUUCGUCGCAGUACCUGAGGUCGUGCUCGUGAACCAUCGAAAUACAGAUACUUCAGAGCGUAAAACGAUGCUGCCCGAGGAGGAGGCUAACUCAACCUCCUUCGAAACACUUUGGAAUUUUGAGGGGGUUCUUAAGUAUUCUCCCCUUUUCUAUGGUUAUUACUCCAAUCGUGACGAGGACACACAACAAGGGUACAGACUACCUAUGGCCUAUUUUUUGACCGGAAUCGGGGUCUACGUUUACAGUUUUAUCGCAACUCUUCGAAGGAUGGCAGUCAACUCACGGCAAAGCAAAUUGUCCGAGAAAGAGGAUGAGUGCGUCUUCACAUGGAAACUGUUCACCGGUUGGGACUAUAUGAUAGGCAACGCCGAGACCGCUCACAAUCGCACUUCCUCAAUCAUCCUUAGUUUCAAAGAGGCUCUCUUGGAGGAAGCUGAGAAGAAACGUGAGGAUUUGAGAUGA